AUGACACACGUUUCGACACCUAUACUUCUUGAGUUGCAUAGUGCAGAGUCCUUGUCGUCUCAGAUUGCCGCUCUUCGAAAACUCAAGAACGAGACUGUUGGUCAUGGCCAGCGCAAAGAGCUGUGGAUCCGUGGCGGCAUCAUCCCCAUUCUGUCAAAGAUCCUUGCAUUAAGACGGCCAACGGAGAGAAGGACUGGGGCUCAGGAUUUGAAUGGAACGGUCGAGUCUAGGGGAUCGUUGUCUUCAAGGUCGGAGGAGGAGGAUGCUUGCCUACAGGUCAUUAUCAUCAUCGGUAGCUUAGCUCAAGGUGGCCCGUCUUUUCUCUCUCCUAUUUUCUCCAGCGAUAUCCUUCCAACCCUCUUAUCGAUCCUCGCGUCUCCUAACUCCCCUCGAUCCCCACUAUGCCUCCCCAUUCUUAGGACUCUCAACAACAUUGCAGAUCGGCUGCCACUACAGAGUCAUCAACAAUGGCCCAAAGAUACUCGUUUAUCGGAUCUCCUUUUCUCAAAGGACUGCAUUGGAUGCCUCGCUCGUAUCAUCGCCCAAGACUAUGACUCUCAACAAGCUCAAGCAUCCAUAGAACUUGCCGCGUCACUUAUAGGAAAGCUCUGCACGGAAGAGACACACAAGGCCGCACUGGCCGAGUCCGGUACUCUUGAUGCGUUGGCGACGAAAGUGGCAUCUUUUGUGGUUGCCCAGGGCUUUGUUCUGCCCGCGGAUCGCUAUCUGCAGGGGUCUGGCGCCCCAGGUGCGCUCCCGCCACCAGCACCGUCAACAGCAAAACUGAGCCCUAUCCUCCGCUCUAUCACCGUAAUAAUUGAACAUUCAAAAUGGCGGGCAGAGCACUUCCUCUCUUCGCCGGGAAUCGUCGCCGUGUUCCCCAAACAGCUUCCAGGAUUUGCUCCAGCCGAUAUCAAGAAAGGCCCCUGGGGCUCGACAUAUUUAUCUGGUUCGGCCGUGCCGCACCAUUUUGCUGCGAGUCCCAUCGACUAUCUUCUACCCUCAGUUCCACUAGCACAGUCUAAAAGUUCCACAACCAACUUUCCUCCUCUCGGCCACCAGGGAUCACACGGUCGGCACAGCCACUCGUUUACAGCAGCACUUUCGGUCUUUGAUGCUGCUACCUCGGAGGAGGAUGAGAGUGCUGUGAUACCGUGGCUUCUUUAUCUGGUUCGCUCUGAAUCUGGUAUGGCCCGAUUGAUGGCAGCCCGUUUCGUAACAGCGCUCUUCCGCCUGGGACUUGCGAGGAAGUACCGAGUAUCCAUGUUCAGUGUUCUCUUGAUUCCUAUCCUUGUCCGGAUGCUGGAUAAAGAUUACUUGUCAGAGGAGGAUAACGUGGAAUAUGGUGGGCUUACACGUACGACAGAGCACCUUAAGGAGGAAGCCCCAGCUGUCUUAGCGACUUUGGUUAUCGAUGACCAAGAACUACAGAAACAUGCUGUUGACUGUGGCGCAAUUAAGCGACUGUCACAGCUUCUCAAAGAGUCUUACAACCCAAUACAUGAAAACUCACAGCCGAUGUGGGAUGCGGACGGCUCAGAGGAUAUGCCAACCUCUUCGGACUCGUUGCCUCCGGAAAGUAGAUUGGGCCCCCCUGGGUACUCCCCCCUUGUCUGCCAUAUAAUGCGGUAUCGUGAGAACGUCCUCAAAGCUCUGGCUGCUCUUGUCCCGUUCAAGGAUGAGUAUCGUAAGGCCGUCUGUGAGAAUGGGGUGGUACCAUACAUCAUUGAUUCACUCAAACCACGGUCUAGCGAGCCACCUGCUGACAUUUCCGGCCCACAUAACACUGCCGCUGAUGGUAACCCGACUGCGACGCUACUGGCAGCCUGCGGUGCUGCUAGGAUGCUUACACGCUCUGUUAGCGUUUUAAGGACCAGUCUAAUAGAUGCUGGUGUUGCUGCGCCUCUUUUUGUGCUGAUCAAACAUCCAGAUAUUGAUGUGCAGAUUGCAGCAACCUCUGUUAUCUGUAAUCUCGCACUGGACUUCAGCCCAAUGAAGGAGGCAAUUAUUUCUGCCGAUAUUCUCCCCAUUUUGUGCGACCAUGCUCACUCAUCUAACACAAAACUGCGCUUGGAAAGCCUAUGGGCGUUGAAACACGUUGUCUAUAAUUCUGCCAAUGAUAUCAAGGUGAAAAUCAUCGAGGCCCUAGGCCCAGAGUGGAUCAAGCAUAUCAUAAGACAAGACCCGGCCAGUGUAUUGACCAAGCGAAGCUUGGAGGAAGGAUUAGAUAAUGGGACCUCGUUGGGAAUGAGCCGAGCCAACUCUGCUGGGGAACAAGUGGACUUGUUGAACCCAAUGGAGGAGGAUGGCGACAUUGAUAUUGACGAUGACAAUGAUGACGGUGACGAUCACGACCGCGAAGAGGACUUCAAGAUGACAGGCACGAUGCCAUCCUCUAGGAUGAGCUUGGGCGUGUUUCUUCCUGACGCGAGGCGACGCCGCAAACUAACUCUGAAUGGCGACCUUGACCAGACGACUCAGGCACGACAAGAUGACAUUGCUGUGCAAGAGCAGACUUUCGACUUCAUCCGUAAUAUCAUCUGUGGGCCAGGCUCCUCCGAGAUGAUUGACUACCUUUUUAGGGAGAUUGGACAGAAUGAGAUCUUCGACGCUCUAUCAAGCAAACUGCGUCCUCGCACCAUUCAGCUCCCUCAUCGACGGGAUUCAUCCAACAGCCGUUUGCUUCAUGUGCCUACGGAGAUCAUCGUCGCUGUGACGUUUGUAAUUAUACACAUAGCGGCUGGUCUCCCGCGGCAUCGUCAAUAUCUCCUGUCUCAUGGGGAGCUUAUGCGGAACCUCAUGGGUUACUUCAACCAUCCUCACCGAGACGUACGUGCCAACUGCGUUUGGGUCGCGAUAAAUCUCACCUACGAAGACGAUCAGAGCGACCGAGAUGGAUGCCGGGACCGUGCGCUCAAGUUGAAAUCAUUUGGUAUCAUGGAACGGUUAGCCUCGUUGGAGGAUGAUCCGGACUUGGAUGUACGAGAACGUACGAAGACAGCAACCCAUCUUCUGAAUUCUCUAGGGACGUGA